AUGUUUUACAAUUAUAAAGGACAAUACAGUGUAGUACUAUUGGCUAUGGUAGAUGCACAUUUACGUUUUAUUUACGUUGAUGUAGGGACUAAUGGUAGAGUUAGUGACUCUGGAGUCUGGAAUAAGUGUUCUCUAAAAAAUUAUUUAGAUAGGGGCACUCUAAACAUUCCUCCUCCUGCUCCAUUGCCAGAUACACAAGACAAUUUUCCCUAUGUGAUUAUUGGGGAUGAAGGUUUCCCAUUAUCGGAAAAACUUUUAAUUCCUUAUCCAGGACCUCAGUGUAAUGGGAAUAUACACAAAAGGAUAUAUAAUUAUAGAUUAUCUAGAGCACAGCGUUGUUCGGAAAAUGCUUUUAGUGUGAUGGCUGCUCGUUUUCAAAUUUUUCGAUCCGCAAUGAGAUAUGACCCGGAUGAUGCAUUUCACCAAGGUGGCAAUCGUCAUCCAAAUCAAGCAAUCGCACUUAGAGACAGAUGGUGCAAUUAUUUUAAUACUAUUGGUGCAGUUCCUUGGCAAGAACGAAUGAUCCGAUGA